AUGCCCCAGGAGAACAGGAAACGCGGAAAGAAACAUAAGAAGUCUGAAAAACAACAGGAAGAAACAUUCUCCUCUUUCCAGGAACCAGCUCCGGAGCAAAACGAGUCUUGGAUUAUACCAGCUGCGAAACCAGAUGCAGACUUGGAGGCUCCAUUCGGUUACGUUGAUGCCGACAUCAAGGCUUACUUCAGAAAUGUUGACGAACAAUUACGAAACUGGCAGCAAGAUGGGACAAGCGUAGACCAAGGAGAUGAGGUUGAUCCGAAUGAGGAACGACGCAUUUUCUUCCUUGCUGCUUUGUCGGAGAUGUCUGGAAACGAGAAACAACUCGCGACAGAUCCUGACUGUUCUGUCAUUUUGGAACGCAUGAUACACUCCAUGGAUGAUUUUGUGCGGAGAGUAUUUAUUGACAGCCUGACUGGCUCGUUUAAUAUCCUCCUGAAGCACCGUUUUGCGUCGCAUGUCUGUCAAACCUUGUUUACCACUGCAAAUGCUACAGUAUCCCGAGAGUCUCGGGGAUUCAUCGCCACUCAAACAAAUGCUGAUAAAGGGGAGCUUCGAACCUUAACCCGGUUAUUACUCGACAUAUGUGAGGAAAUACGACCCGAUCUCCCGGCCUUAAUCAUGGAUUCAUUUGCAUCGCAUGCCCUACGUGCAAUGCUCCUACUCCUUGCGCCUACGAUACCAUUGUGCACAGAGAAUUCCGCCAUUAUGCGCUCGAAGAAGAGUUCAGUUUGGAAGGCCAAGCAAGGAGCCAUGAAACCACUAUUUGGCAUUGAUAGCGAUUCGACGGCGGCACGAAGAGCAGCUCCACAAGAGCACCUUGUUGCUGCCAGGUCGCUUGUCGACACGCUGAGAAAUCAAAUGGAUGCAAACGAAGUUCGGUCCCUUGCAGCUAACACAGUUGCGAGUCCCACAUUGCAGAUAUUUCUUGAAAUUGAAGCCCAGGUCGGUAACACAAUAGAUAACGAUUCGCUGUUGGAUCGUGUGUUGUUUGGUUUAGUCAGCCAUGCUAACAAAGAUCCAGACGCCCCUCUAGAAGCAUCCGACUAUGUAGUUACACUCUUUCGUGAUACUACAGCUUCGCACCUCCUCGAAGUUGCGAUGAGAUGCUGCAAGGGCACACAAUUCGACCUUUUUUGGUCUACUUACUUGAAGGGAAAGUUCUCCCGACUGUCAGUACACCCAGUAGCCAACUUUGCCAUUGCAAGGGCUCUGGGGAUGUCAAAUUCGGACCAGCUUCUAGAAGCAUUAUCAGAACUGCAGGGGAGCUGGAGCAAAAUGUUGAAGGAUGGUCGCAUAGGUGUUCUUAAAGCUGCCGUCGAGAGGUCUGCGGUGUCAGAGAUGGCGCUGAAGGAAACCAUUAAGGUGAAAACAUGUAAGUUAUUGUAUGAAUCCAUACUGACUCCGGACAGGCAGUGUGCACAACUUUUCAACUCUCCGAAGCCCUGGAAGAUCAGAAGUGCCUUGUCCCUUGCAUACUCGAAGCCGUCAGAAUCCACUGACACGCACUCGGAUGCUUCCAAGUCUGAGCACAAGCGUCGGCAUGGGUUAGAAUCCAAUGUUCAGGGCGCCCUCCUGCUGCAAUCAAUGCUUCGAUUACCGCAUCCUCACAACGCUCUGCCUAUCGAAAGCAUUCGGUCAUUACCGAUUGAAGGGCUUCUACACCUGGCGCAUAAUCCUACUAGUUCAAGAGUACUUGACGUGUUCCUGGAAGCAGCCUCUGUGCCGUUCCCCGCUAAGAGAGGCUUAGUUAUGUCCUUCAUAGGACAUUAUCAUAUGCUCGUCGACGAUCGCAUAGGAAGCAGAGUCGGAGAUCGUUGCUGGAAUUUUGCGGACCCUUAUCUCAAGGAGAAGAUCGCUCGCUCUCUCAUCCCCCAAGAACAAUUCUUGACGGCGUCGUAUUACGGCAAGUUCUUUGCGCGUAACCUGAACCUGUAUCUUCUGCAAAAACGGCCCCAAGAAUGGAAAGACGCGCAGGCGCGAAAGAAGACCACUCUGAGCGCGACGCACUCAGCAAAGAUAGGGGAGUCUAAAGUGGAGGAGGCGGCGGCCCCAAGCAACGCGGUUGAUGCACCCAUUACACCCGAGCGAAAAACAAAGCGAAAGCGCACAGACGUCGAGGAUGAAAUAUCAGCCGUGUUCGACACAGCGCUGGGUAAAAAGGUCAAGAAAGGCUCCGCAAAAAGCAUAUCGCCUUCGACUCGCAUUCUCGAUGCCACACCUAACGACCUUGAUGGCAUCAUGGACGCUAUCAAAAGGGCACCUAGUACCGAGAAAUCGACCCAUGGUAAAAAGCAGAAAUCAUGA